CUCUUUCACCACUGAAGCUUGUAUGCACAGCUGCUGCAUCGUGUUAGUCUCUAGAACGCCCAUCUGUGCAUGGUCUGUCGCAAAAAUAAAAUCAAACCUAAUCGAAUCCGACCCGUGUUUUCCCUGCAGACACCAUGUGUGAGCUUUUCUGACAUAAUACGAUAUCUCUGUGGUAUAUCUGAUCUAUUUGAUCUCGCUCGCGAAUAAUGUCUGGAAGCGUUUCGUAAAAUCGAGCUAAGGCUAAUUACGGUAGUUUGCCCAUACCUAGUGCUGCUGGUGAAACAGUCGCUGUCGCAUUGCUAGAAUGCCAUCUGACGGACAGUAAACAUACGUGUAUUACUGCGAAUUAGGUAUCGCUACUUCGACCGUCGAAAAAGAAUACACAAGGGAAAAAAUCUGCUAUUCUACGCCACUGCGGCAGUCAGAACCAACAAACUAGCGUCUCGCACUAAAUUUCGAUGAACUUAUUUCGUUUCCAGAGGCCGACUGUUGGCCUGUGUAUUACUUCUUCUUGUAAUGGUUAUCCUUCUCGUCGUCGUAAGAGCCUGGAUGUUCCUCAACCAAGAUACAGAAUACAUCCACCAUCAAAUCCCAUCGACGACGUCAAAGGUCACACAUGGCACAUCCACCACAACACAGGAUACAACGACGCCAAAACUCGCACAGAGCACAACCACCACAACAACUACGAGGGGUCCACUGACCGACGAAGAACUGACUGAACUGGCAGAAACACGUCCCAUCACAGUCCUUUUCGUCGGUGAUCGCAGCUACAGCACGAUAUCGAAGGAACAAUUCAUGAUAUAUGCACAAAGCCAGCUUAAUCUGAUGAAUGCAGCCUUUGCGGAAAAUAACAUCAAGAUGAAGAUGAAAGUUUACGACACCUAUGUGAUGAAUGAGGAACAGGACAGGACCCACCUCCUGGAAAUUCCUGGUAGACAGCUUCCGUCAAUUAACACAGAUAAAUGCCAUGAGACACUUAAGGAUAAACUUGUUGAGUACCCUGGGACCAACGAGUCCGACAUCGUCUUCGUAGUAACGAGAAAGAUUCUCAGCGACGAAAGUAAGAGGUAUUAUUGGAGUAAGUAUACAAGGCACAGCAAGUAAUAAGCACAGCCUGGUAGAGAAAACAAUGGGGUCAAUAUGAUAGAUGUAGGGUUUGCCGGCCCGGUGACAUGUUGUGCGUGCCACAGGGUAGGACUGCGGAUAAUUUCGACCACACGAGGUUCU